AUGAAUCGCGGACGAGGACUGAGCAGCACCAGCACUGGCGCUUCGAAUCAUCGCCUUUCAAAUUCGCUACAUCGAUGCGCCAUCGCUUUAUGCUCGAAUCAGGCCGUGGCCGAGAGUGUGUGCUCCAUGCAUUUGUCUCGAAACGGCCGUGUGAGUAGCAGUAGCGACGCCAUCAUAGACAAUCGCGUCAUGGGAUCGCGUGGUCCACCUCCUUCCUCGGUUAGCAUGGAAAAUACCAUAGCCGAAGAACGCUACUACCGCUCUAGUGCACAUGCCGCCAUGCAGCCGCGUACUGGGCUUAAUACUAAGAAACACAAGCCGUCGCCAGCUGAGCCCGUGAAUCGUUAUGUAAUGGACAAUUCGUCUUCAAAAGGCGGUUUGACUCGCGAGAGUCUGAACGAGAUGGUCAAUCAGAUGAAAUACUCGAAUAACACUGGCAUGUCUGCGUACGAGAAUGAUCCGUACGUGUCGGCUCAGACAUCGGGCAGCACAAACGGCUCGAACCGUUCGGAGUCGGACGGGUCUGUGGAUGAGACGAAUUUACGUCGCGAACGAAACCGCAUUGCUGCGCGCAAAAGUCGUCAACGCAAAUUGGACCGCAUUUCGAACCUUGAGGAUGAGAAAAUGCGUCUUGAGCGACACCGCGACAUGCUCGUGCAGGAGAUUCGAAGUUUGGAAAAGAAAGAAUCUGGCGUCGCUUCUAACGUGGUGCUGACGAUUACGGAGAGUGAGUAUCAGCAGCUACAGAAUAAGCGGCUACAGAUCAUUAAGCAUGUUGAGGAGGCCUACAAUUCGGGCGAUAUUCUCUCUACGGUCAAAUACUUCCGCGACGACUCAAUUGUCAGUGGCCCCCAGAACUCGUCGGUUCAUUUGCGUGGUAAGGACGCUUUAGUGCUAGACUACCUCUGCACGACGUACCUGUUUGGUGACGUUCGCCUCCAUCACGCCAAGGUAGACUGUGGUGGUCCCCGUAGUCAGCAUUUUCGUGUGCACUGGGCACUUUCGGGCACCAUUAAGAGUGCCGGUGUCAGUAUGAACAAGGAGUUCCUGGAGCUUAUUGAGAGCGUCAAGGGUCGCCGUGUCACCAUUGAGGGCGUCAGCAACUUUUCUUUCAGCGGAAAUAAGAUCGUAUACGUGCACCGCACGGCAGACCAGGCGAAGUUCCUGUCGGCGCUCGUCAUUCUGAGCAAGCGGUAA